AUGGCCGCCUCGACACAUCAAAGCGCAGCACUCACGGGUCUAAAUCAAGCCGUUGCCAACAUUGGGCCUUCGAACUGCCAUGCUAUCUUCGCUGCAGCAUCAAUGACUGUUAUCAACGCAUUUGCUGACGCGCAUGCGUACAACUUAGACGUUCUGGUAGAGAUUUUGCAGCUAGCACGCGGCAUGGAUUAUGUACUCACCAGUGUGACCGACAUGCUGAGAAAAGGUCCCUUCGCAGCCAUUGUCCGGCCUGCUGAAGAAAUGCCUAAGCCACCGUCCUUAUUAUCUGCCCUCCUCGUGGAGAUCCAAGCGCUGAGCUGUCCUACUUCUGCCAACCCAUCGCCGGACGACAUCAAUGCUGCUAGGGCGGCUGAAGUACUCCGGAAUGGUCUUCAAUAUUCGUUGGAGACUUCUACUCAUCCAGCCUUGCGAGCGACGAUGAUCUGGCCGAUCGCUGUCGCGCCGGAGUUCAUCGAAGCGCUCAAAUCGAGGACACAUCCUGGAACUAGGGCCAUCUUCAAGCAUUAUUGUCAACUCAUGGACCCGGAAGAAGAAGUGGAAGAAGACUACGAAGAUGAGGAUGAUGAUUCGGACUGGCGAGGCAAGCUUCCUGCCGGGAUAUUCGAUGCGAACAGCGCAUGGUGGGAAGGAAUACAGGGCGAUGAGCCCAUGGUUAUCUUGAAAUGGGCCGAGGCUUGUGAAAACGCCCAUCGCUUCGCUGCCGUGAAGCUCGAUGAGGUGGAGCAACGUAAGCUCAAUGUCAGCUAUCUCAAGGCCUACGAAAACUUCGAGUACUGGCGCCGUAAGCAUAUUGAACGAUACGAUGAAGAGGACCGCAUACAACAGGAUAUCAAUGCUCUUCCCGAGCGUCUUCAGGUCCACGUCCGCCGCUCUCUCGAAGCUAAACGGGCUGAGCAGGACUAUUGCUAUGAACAAUACCAGGAAGAUCAUGACGAGGAACAAUACUUUUGGGAACAAGAGGCCUUGGAAGAUCCCGAUUCCAUACCUAUGCCGACCGACACGUGGCGCUACCGUCACAAUGCGGUGGAAAAUAGCGCCACCCCCAAACAGCACCUCACAAAUUUCAGAACACAGUGUGCGGCGGUCGAGAAGCGCAACAUAGAAUGGAAGGAACAGGGCAUUGAGUACUAUCCUCAAGCGGAGAUGGAUCGCCGUACCAGGAGGCGCAAAGCCACGGAAGCUAGGCUUCUCGAGGAUGUUGCGCGCGCUGAGAAGCAGGCUCGCGAACUCAAAUUGAUCUCAUCGAUCAACUCCGCGAAGCGUGUUGGCCGCCUUGCCAAAGCAACCGCUACCGAGCUGAUAGACGAUGUCAUACCUCAGUGCCUGGAAGAUAGUCCCAAAGACGAUGCUGUACCUCACAGUCUGGAAGACGGUGUUGAGGAUGAGGCCGCAUGA